GCGGUGCGCGGCGCUCUAGUGCUUCCGCAAAGAUGGCGGCGGCUGCGGGCAGAAGCGCUCGGCUAGCGGCCUGGGGCGAAAGAUUGCGGAGGGGACUCGCUGCCAGCCGCCGAGCCGUGCCAAGCCCUGGCCCCUUGGCAGCAGCAGUCGCCGGCGUGACCCUGGCAGGGGCAGGAGCGGCCUGGCAUCACGGCCGCCUGAAUGUCGCGGCUCGCGACAGCAGCCCCCCCGCCUUAGCACAGAAAAAUGUUGACUGUGGAGCAAUAGAAAAACUGUCUCUUCGUAAACAGCGGUUCAUGCAGUUUUCUUCACUAGAACAUGAAGGAGAAUAUUAUAUGACACCACGAGACUUCCUCUUUUCUGUAAUGUUUGAGCAAAUGGAACUAUUCAACAUUGAACUGGAAGACCUAGCCAGGACAGAAAGGCAAGAAAAAGGUAAAACUUUAGUCAAGAAGCUGGCAAAAAAGGAUAUCGAGGAGGUACUGGCAGGAAUCCGUACAGCUAAUUGUGGAUCAACUUUUUUUAGAGACCUUGGUGAUAAAGGGCUAAUUUCGUAUACUGAGUAUCUUUUCUUGCUUACAAUCCUCACUAAACCUCAUACUGGGUUUCAUGUUGCUUUUAAAAUGCUAGAUGCAGAUGGCAAUGAGAUGAUUGAGAAAAAGGAGUUUUUUAAGCUACAGAAGAUCAUAAGUAAACAAGAUGACUUAAAGACAAUGAAAACUAAUGAAAUAGACUGUCAGGAACAAGUAAUGAAAGAACCUGAAAUUAACACAACCCUUCAGAUGUACUUCUUUGGAAAAAGAGGAGAAAGAAAACUUCACUAUAAAGAAUUUCGAAGAUUUACAGAAAAUUUACAAACAGAGAUUCAAGAAAUGGAAUUCCUUCAGUUUUCUAAAGGUUUGAGUUUCAUGAGAAAAGAAGACUUUGCAGAGUGGCUACUUUUUUUCACUAACACUGAAAAUAAAGACAUUUAUUGGAAAAACGUUAGAGAGAGGUUGUCAGCAGGAGAGAGCAUUAGUUUGGAUGAGUUCAAGUCAUUUUGCCAUUUUACAACCCACUUGGAAGACUUUGCUAUUGCCAUGCAAAUGUUUAGCUUAGCUAAUCGACCUGUCAGACUAGCGGAGUUUAAGAGAGCUGUAAAAGUAGCAACAGGACAAGAGCUCUCAAACAAUAUUUUGGACACGGUCUUCAAGAUCUUUGAUUUGGAUGAUGAUGAAUGCCUUAGCCAUGAAGAGUUUCUUGGGGUGUUAAAAAACAGGAUGCAUCGAGGUUUAUGGGUGCCACAACAACAGAGUAUACAAGAAUACUGGAAAUGUGUGAAAAAAGAAAGCAUUAAAGGAGUAAAAGAAGCCUGGAAACAAGCUGGAAAUGGCCUUUUUUAAAUUAAAAUAAUAAUAAGGCAAUUAUAUUGCUCCAAAUGUCAAAAUUUGAUAUUUUUUAAAAAAUACUUGCUGCUCUUACUUUUAAGUCUUCACUGAUUUCCUUUGUAAUAUAGAGAUGCCAUAUAUUUGCUUUCUAAUUCAAUAAUUUCUUGAUAUAUUUUCAGAAAAGAACUCUUUAGAAAGGAAAAUAUUGUUUUACAAAAUCAGAUAUUGGAUUCUGUCCAAAGACCUAAUUCCAAGUAACAUUUAGUGCUUUGGGAAGAUGGAAAAGCUUACUUCUUCACUGAUUCUUUAGGCACAAAAGCAUGAUACGCUUUCUGGAAGAGUGGAUAAGUGCUUAUGGGAAAAAAGUACUUGAUUCACAAGGCCAGUGUUGAUUUCAGAAGUUGUGAUGUUCCUAAUAGGGUAAAUGAAGUUAAAACUUGAGACUUUUCUCAUUUGUAUCAUAUCUCAUGUCUGUUUUAUUUCAGUUAGCUGUACAUUUGGUGUCUUUAAUAAAAAUAACAUGUAAAAAAUGUUUGUAUCUUAUAUCUGGAAGCAGAAUAAAAUA